AUGGCCCUUGAGACCAUCUCAUUUUCCGCCUCCACAAGCAACAUCGUUGCCAUCCACCAGCUGAUCUCGUCGAUCUUGCCCUUCGGCGGCAGCUGUCUCAUCAACAUCACCGCCAAUGGGCUUGGCUUCAGUGUGGUUGAUAACAACAUUUGCAAAGUGUUUUUGACCCUCGAUAAACGCAUCUUUAGCAGUUUUCAGUUCAACCCAACUUGGAUCAAGAAAGAACGUGUCUUGGUCUCGGACGACGAGGGCACGACCGACGACGAUGCAGACUUAGACUCGGUCCCGGACCGAGCCCGCUCCAUUUCCGUCAACCUUGAUCUCAAAUCGCUAAUCGAAACAAUAAAUAUACACAUCCCAGGAGACAAGGAAAACAUCGACCUACGAACAAAAUGCAUCAUGAGCUACCAGGGCGAGGGGCAUCCGUUUGUGUUGACGUUCGAAGACGACUUCAUCAUCGAAAGGUGCGAACUAACGACACUGUUUAUCGACCCCUCCGAUUUCGAGGCAGACUCCACAGACUCUCAGUCUGAACCAUCGCUUUUCCAGCUCGACACAUCAAAAACGAUGCUCGACCUCACGCUACAGUCGUCCAUUGUUUACGACGCCCUUAAAGAUAUGAAAGACUUGAACACCCAGGAACUUAUCAUCUACUGCUCCAACACCGAGCCAGAGAGCCAGAAGAAACUGGUGCUAAUAUCCAAGUCAGAGGACGACUCCAUUGGCUACUCCAAGCUACUAGUUCCCACCAGAAAACCAUUCCUCAAAGAACUGAGUCUGUUCAAGCCGGAACCAACAGAGUCCCAUUUCCAAAUGGUACCCUGCUCAACUACGAUCUCGUCGUUCUACAACUUUGCAUACUUCUCCAAGAUCCUCAAGGCCAUCCGUCUGUCUAAAUCGAUCAAAAUCCGCAAAGAUCUUGGCGGACUCACAUCUGUUUCGCUGCUUGUGGGGUCUUCAUCUUUGAACGGAUCUAAUCUGUCUUCCGCAGACGGCAAGAACCUGUUCUACGGCACCGGAGUCGAGUUCACCACACUGGAGUCCACACAGGUCGACGACUCUGGUGCGUUCAGAAACGGCUACCACAACCGGUUUGUGGAGCAGCUGAUACGAGAAGACGAAAACGUCAAGGUGAUCAAAAUCGCCAGAAACGGCCAAUUGACCACCAUCGACGACUACUUUCAGUCCGUCAACACACAGUUGUCUGUGCCGAGCUCGGCUGGCGAGCCAAAUGAGCUCCAGAUCACCGACGAGCUGGCCCAGUCUGUCCUGGGACUCGGCCCUGCACCCGCACAGGAACCGAAACAGACCGGCCCGACCAAGCCGUCGCGGUCGAAAAAACGCAAGCUCGAACCCCGCAAGAAUAACAAGUCCGAUAAGGCAGACCGACUGCAGACCGUGGGCGGUGCCAUCGAGAUCCCGCUCUUUAUCUAA